CUUCAUCAUUGUCCCAAUUCGAAGAAAGAAAGCUGGGACAUUUGUUUGAUGCGGGCUGCCCCUGGGGAAGAGCUGAGGGUGUCACUGGGCAGGGCAACUGCCUUCUUCUUCCUGUGCCUCUCGGCUUCCCCCAGAGACACUUCGCCUAGGUACCAGCUGUGCCUUUUCUGGGUCUCCAGCUGAGCCGCUUGCAGUUAACCAGCCUGAGAAAUGCCAGCAUGAGGUUAUGCAAUGGUCUCUGCAAGAUGUUUUAUUCUUGAAUUGGAGCUUCUUAAGACUGACAAAUGCUGGUACUUCAUCUUCUAUAAGUGGACUAUAAUUUCUUUUCUUAAGACAGCUACAUAAGCAGACAAAAUUGCAAAGAUCUGCCCUGUGUCGAGUAUGACAGCCACGACUCGUGGCUCUCCAGUUGGAGGGAAUGACAACCAGGGCCAAGCUCCUGAUGGACAGUCUCAGCCCCCCCUCCAACAGAAUCAGACUUCAUCGCCUGAUUCUUCCAAUGAGAAUUCCCCAGCAACUCCUCCUGAUGAGCAAGGUCAAGGUGAUGCCCCUCCACAGAUUGAAGAUGAGGAACCUGCAUUUCCACAUACUGACUUGGCAAAGUUAGAUGAUAUGAUUAACAGGCCUCGAUGGGUCGUUCCAGUUUUGCCGAAAGGGGAAUUAGAAGUGCUUUUAGAAGCUGCUAUUGAUCUUAGUAAGAAAGGCCUUGAUGUUAAAAGUGAAGCAUGCCAGCGAUUUUUCCGAGAUGGGUUAACAAUCUCAUUCACAAAAAUCCUUACAGAUGAAGCAGUGAGUGGUUGGAAGUUUGAGAUUCAUAGAUGUAUUAUUAACAAUACUCAUCGCUUGGUGGAGCUGUGUGUGGCUAAGUUGGCCCAAGACUGGUUUCCACUUCUAGAACUUCUUGCCAUGGCCUUAAAUCCUCAUUGCAAGUUCCAUAUCUACAAUGGUACACGUCCAUGUGAAUCUGUGUCCGCAAGUGUUCAGGUGCCUGAAGAUGAACUCUUCGCUCGUUCUCCAGACCCUCGAUCACCAAAAGGCUGGCUAGUGGAUCUACUCAACAAAUUUGGCACUUUAAAUGGAUUCCAGAUAUUGCAUGAUCGUUUUAUUAAUGGAUCAGCAUUAAACGUUCAGAUAAUUGCAGCUCUUAUUAAACCAUUUGGACAGUGCUAUGAGUUUCUCACUCUUCACACAGUGAAAAAGUACUUUCUUCCAAUAAUAGAAAUGGUUCCACAGUUUUUAGAAAACUUAACUGAUGAAGAACUGAAGAAAGAAGCAAAGAAUGAAGCCAAAAAUGAUGCUCUUUCAAUGAUUAUUAAAUCAUUGAAGAAUUUAGCUUCCCGGGUUCCUGGACAAGAAGAAACUGUAAAGAACUUAGAAAUAUUUAGGCUAAAAAUGAUACUUAGAUUAUUACAAAUUUCUUCUUUCAAUGGAAAAAUGAAUGCACUGAAUGAAGUUAAUAAGGUAAUUUCUAGUGUGUCAUACUAUACCCAUCGGCAUGGCAAUCCUGAGGAAGAAGAGUGGCUCACGGCAGAGAGGAUGGCUGAAUGGAUACAGCAGAAUAAUAUUUUAUCCAUAGUUUUGCGAGAUAGUCUUCAUCAACCACAGUAUGUAGAGAAACUAGAAAAAAUUCUUCGUUUUGUCAUCAAAGAAAAAGCUCUGACCUUGCAAGAUCUUGAUAAUAUCUGGGCAGCACAGGCAGGGAAACAUGAAGCCAUUGUGAAGAAUGUACAUGAUCUACUGGCCAAAUUGGCUUGGGAUUUUUCUCCUGAACAACUUGAUCAUCUUUUUGAUUGCUUUAAGGCCAGUUGGACAAAUGCAAGUAAAAAACAACGUGAAAAGCUUCUUGAGUUGAUUCGUCGUCUUGCAGAGGAUGAUAAAGAUGGUGUAAUGGCGCAUAAAGUGUUGAACCUUCUGUGGAAUCUAGCCCACAGUGAUGAUGUACCUGUAGAUAUUAUGGACCUGGCUCUCAGUGCUCAUAUCAAAAUACUAGAUUAUAGUUGCUCCCAGGACCGGGACACACAAAAGAUCCAGUGGAUAGAUCGCUUUAUAGAAGAACUUCGCACAAAUGACAAAUGGGUCAUUCCUGCACUGAAACAAAUUAGAGAAAUUUGUAGUUUGUUUGGCGAAGCGCCCCAAAAUUUGAGCUCUUCUCGUUUCAGUCAAACUCAGCGAAGCCCCCAUGUAUUUUAUCGUCAUGACUUAAUCAAUCAACUUCAGCACAAUCAUGCCCUAGUUACUUUGGUAGCAGAAAACCUUGCAACUUACAUGGAAAGCAUGAGAUUGUAUGCCAGAGAUCAUGAAGACUAUGACCCACAAACUGUGAGACUGGGAAGUAGAUAUAGUCAUGUUCAAGAAGUCCAAGAACGGCUUAACUUUCUUAGAUUUUUAUUGAAGGAUGGACAACUGUGGCUGUGUGCUCCUCAGGCAAAACAAAUAUGGAAGUGCUUAGCUGAAAAUGCAGUUUACCUCUGUGAUCGUGAAGCCUGUUUCAAGUGGUAUUCCAAAUUAAUGGGGGAUGAACCAGACUUAGAUCCUGAUAUCAAUAAGGACUUCUUCGAAAGUAAUGUGCUUCAGCUUGAUCCUUCCUUGUUAACUGAGAAUGGGAUGAAAUGUUUUGAGAGAUUCUUCAAAGCUGUGAAUUGUCGAGAAGGAAAACUAGUAGCAAAAAGAAGAGCCUAUAUGAUGGAUGAUUUGGAGUUGAUAGGAUUAGACUAUCUUUGGAGGGUUGUAAUUCAGAGUAAUGAUGAUAUUGCCAGCCGUGCUAUAGAUCUUCUUAAAGAAAUAUACACAAACCUUGGUCCAAGGCUGCAGGUCAAUCAGGUGGUGAUCCACGAAGACUUCAUUCAGUCUUGUUUUGAUCGUUUGAAAGCCUCUUACGACACAUUGUGUGUUUUGGAUGGUGACAAAGACAGUAUUAAUUGUGCAAGACAAGAAGCUGUUCGAAUGGUUCGAGUAUUAACUGUUCUAAGAGAAUAUAUAAAUGAAUGUGACAGUGAUUAUCAUGAAGAAAGAACAAUUUUGCCUAUGUCAAGAGCUUUCCGUGGUAAACACCUCUCCUUUAUAGUUCGAUUUCCAAACCAGGGCAGACAAGUAGAUGACUUGGAGGUCUGGUCUCAUACAAAUGAUACAAUUGGUUCAGUUCGACGAUGUAUUCUCAAUCGCAUUAAAGCUAAUGUAGCUCAUACGAAAAUUGAACUCUUUGUGGGUGGUGAGCUGAUUGAUCCUGGAGAUGACAGAAAGUUGAUUGGACAAUUAAACCUAAAAGAUAAAUCACUAAUUACAGCCAAACUUACACAAAUAAGCUCCAAUAUGCCUUCAAGUCCUGAUAGCUCUUCUGAUUCCUCAACUGGAUCUCCUGGAAACCAUGGUAAUCAUUACAGUGAUGGCCCCAAUCCAGAAGUGGAAAGCUGUUUGCCUGGAGUGAUUAUGUCACUUCAUCCCAGAUACAUCUCUUUCCUUUGGCAAGUUGCAGACUUAGGGAGCAACCUAAAUAUGCCACCUCUUAGAGAUGGAGCAAGAGUGCUUAUGAAACUUAUGCCCCCAGAUAGUACAACGAUAGAAAAAUUAAGAGCUAUUUGUUUGGACCAUGCCAAACUUGGAGAAAGCAGCCUUAGUCCAUCUCUUGACUCACUUUUCUUUGGUCCUUCUGCCUCACAAGUGCUAUACCUAACAGAGGUAGUCUAUGCGUUGUUAAUGCCUGCUGGUGCACCUCUGGCUGAUGAUUCCUCUGAUUUUCAGUUUCACUUCUUGAAAAGUGGUGGUCUACCCCUUGUCUUGAGUAUGCUAACCAGAAAUAACUUCCUACCAAAUGCAGAUAUGGAAACUCGAAGGGGUGCCUACCUCAAUGCUCUUAAAAUAGCCAAACUUUUACUAACUGCCAUUGGCUAUGGCCAUGUUCGGGCUGUGGCAGAAGCUUGUCAGCCAGGUGUAGAAGGCGUGAAUACCAUGACAUCGGUCAACCAAGUAACUCAUGAUCAAGCAGUGGUGCUACAAAGUGCCCUUCAGAGCAUUCCUAACCCGUCGUCUGAAUGCAUGCUUAGAAAUGUGUCUGUUCGUCUUGCUCAGCAGAUUUCUGAUGAGGCUUCAAGAUAUAUGCCUGAUAUUUGUGUAAUUAGAGCAAUACAAAAAAUAAUUUGGACAUCAGGAUGUGGAGGAUUACAGCUGGUAUUCAGCCCAAAUGAAGAAAUCACAAAAAUUUAUGAGAAGACCAAUGCAGGCAAUGAGCCCGACCUGGAAGAUGAACAGGUUUGCUGUGAAGCAUUGGAAGUGAUGACAUUGUGUUUUGCCUUGAUUCCAACAGCCUUAGAUGCACUAAGUAAAGAAAAGGCUUGGCAGACAUUCAUUAUUGACUUACUAUUGCACUGUCACAGCAAAACUGUUCGUCAAGUAGCACAGGAGCAAUUCUUCUUAAUGUGCACCAGAUGUUGCAUGGGACACAGACCUCUACUUUUCUUCAUUACUUUGCUCUUUACUGUUUUGGGGAGCACAGCCAGAGAGAGGGCUAAACAUUCAGGCGACUACUUUACUCUUUUAAGGCACCUUCUUAAUUAUGCUUACAACAGUAACAUUAAUGUACCCAAUGCUGAAGUUCUUCUCAAUAAUGAAAUUGAUUGGCUUAAAAGAAUUAGGGAUGAUGUUAAAAGAACAGGUGAAACGGGUAUUGAAGAGACAAUCUUGGAAGGACACCUUGGAGUUACAAAAGAGCUACUGGCUUUUCAGACUCCUGAGAAAAAGUUUCAUAUUGGUUGUGAAAAGGGAGGUGCUAAUCUCAUUAAAGAAUUAAUCGAUGAUUUCAUCUUUCCUGCAUCCAAUGUUUACCUGCAGUAUAUGAGAAAUGGAGAGCUCCCAGCUGAACAGGCUAUUCCUGUUUGUGGUUCACCAGCUACAAUAAAUGCUGGUUUUGAGUUACUUGUAGCAUUAGCUGUUGGCUGUGUGAGGAACCUCAAACAGAUAGUAGAUUCUUUGACUGAAAUGUAUUACAUUGGUACAGCAAUAACUACUUGUGAAGCACUUACUGAGUGGGAAUACCUGCCACCUGUUGGACCGCGCCCACCGAAAGGAUUUGUAGGGCUGAAAAAUGCCGGUGCUACUUGUUACAUGAAUUCUGUGAUUCAGCAGCUCUAUAUGAUUCCCUCCAUUAGGAAUGGUAUUCUUGCAAUUGAAGGCACAGGUAGUGAUGUAGAUGAUGAUAUGUCUGGGGAUGAGAAGCAGGAUAAUGAGAGCAAUGUUGAUCCCAGGGAUGAUGUGUUUGGAUAUCCUCAACAGUUUGAAGAUAAACCAGCCCUGAGUAAAACAGAAGAUAGAAAAGAGUACAAUAUUGGUGUUCUAAGACACCUUCAGGUUAUCUUUGGGCAUUUAGCUGCUUCUCGACUACAGUACUAUGUGCCCAGAGGAUUUUGGAAACAGUUCAGGCUUUGGGGUGAGCCUGUUAAUCUUCGUGAACAACAUGAUGCUUUAGAGUUCUUUAAUUCACUGGUGGAUAGUUUGGAUGAAGCUCUAAAAGCCUUAGGGCAUCCAGCUAUGCUAAGUAAAGUCUUGGGAGGUUCCUUUGCUGAUCAGAAGAUUUGCCAGGGCUGCCCACAUAGGUACGAAUGUGAAGAAUCUUUUACGACUCUGAAUGUAGACAUUAGAAACCAUCAAAAUCUUCUUGAUUCUUUGGAACAGUAUGUCAAAGGAGAUUUAUUAGAAGGGGCAAAUGCUUAUCAUUGUGAAAAAUGCAAUAAAAAGGUUGAUACCGUAAAGCGUUUGCUCAUUAAAAAAUUACCUCCUGUUCUUGCUAUCCAACUAAAACGAUUCGAUUAUGACUGGGAAAGAGAAUGUGCAAUCAAGUUCAAUGAUUACUUUGAAUUUCCUCGAGAGUUAGACAUGGAACCUUACACCGUUGCAGGUGUUGCUAAGCUGGAGGGGGAUAACGUAAACCCAGAAAGUCAACUGAUACAACAGAAUGAGCAGUCUGAAGAGAAAGCAGGAAGCACAAAAUACAGACUUGUGGGUGUGCUUGUGCACAGUGGCCAAGCAAGUGGGGGACAUUACUAUUCUUACAUCAUUCAGAGGAAUGGAGGAGAUGGUGAAAAGAAUCGCUGGUAUAAAUUUGACGAUGGAGAUGUAACAGAGUGCAAAAUGGACGACGAUGAAGAAAUGAAGAACCAGUGUUUUGGUGGCGAGUACAUGGGAGAAGUAUUUGAUCACAUGAUGAAGCGCAUGUCAUACCGGCGCCAGAAAAGGUGGUGGAAUGCUUACAUACUUUUCUAUGAGCGAAUGGACACAAUAAAUCACGAUGAUGAAUUGAUGAGAUACAUAUCAGAGAUUGCCAUCACCACAAGGCCUCAUCAGAUUGUUAUGCCGUCGGCCAUUGAGAGAAGUGUGCGGAAGCAGAAUGUACAGUUCAUGCACAACCGAAUGCAGUACAGUUUGGAAUACUUUCAGUUUAUGAAAAAACUACUUACAUGUAAUGGUGUUUACUUAAACCCUCCUCCGGGACAAGAUCACCUGUCUCCUGAAGCAGAAGAAAUCACUAUGAUUAGUAUUCAGCUUGCUGCCAGGUUCCUCUUUACUACAGGAUUUCACACAAAGAAAAUAGUCCGUGGAUCUGCCAGUGAUUGGUAUGAUGCAUUAUGUAUUCUCCUUCGUCAUAGCAAGAAUGUGCGAUUUUGGUUUGCUCACAAUGUCCUCUUUAAUGUUUCAAAUCGAUUCUCUGAAUACCUUUUGGAAUGCCCUAGUGCAGAAGUGAGAGGUGCAUUUGCUAAACUUAUAGUUUUCAUUGCACAUUUUUCCUUGCAAGAUGGACCAUGUCCUUCACCUUUUGCAUCUCCUGGACCUUCUAGUCAGGCUUAUGACAACUUAAGCUUGAGUGACCACUUACUAAGAGCAGUACUAAAUCUGUUGAGGAGGGAAGUUUCAGAGCAUGGACGCCAUUUACAGCAGUAUUUCAACUUGUUUGUAAUGUAUGCCAAUUUAGGAGUGGCAGAGAAGACACAGCUGCUGAAACUGAGUGUACCUGCUACCUUUAUGCUUGUGUCCUUAGAUGAAGGUCCUGGUCCUCCAAUUAAAUAUCAGUAUGCUGAAUUAGGCAAAUUAUACUCAGUAGUGUCACAGCUAAUCCGCUGUUGCAAUGUCUCCUCAAGAAUGCAGUCUUCAAUCAAUGGUAAUCCUUCUCUUCCAAAUCCUUUUGGUGAUCCUAAUUUAUCACAACCUAUAAUGCCAAUUCAACAAAAUGUGGUAGACAUUUUAUUUGUGAGAACAAGUUAUGUGAAGAAAAUUAUCGAAGACUGCAGUAACUCUGAUGAGACCGUCAAAUUGCUUCGCUUUUGCUGCUGGGAGAAUCCUCAGUUCUCAUCUACCGUCCUCAGUGAACUUCUUUGGCAGGUUGCAUAUUCCUAUACUUAUGAACUCCGCCCCUAUUUGGAUCUGCUUUUGCAAAUCUUACUGAUUGAAGACUCCUGGCAGACUCACAGAAUUCAUAAUGCCCUUAAAGGAAUUCCAGAUGACCGAGAUGGGCUGUUUGACACAAUCCAGCGUUCUAAGAAUCACUAUCAAAAAAGAGCAUACCAGUGUAUAAAAUGUAUGGUAGCUCUCUUUAGCAGCUGUCCUGUUGCUUACCAGAUCCUACAGGGCAAUGGAGAUCUUAAAAGGAAAUGGACCUGGGCGGUGGAAUGGCUUGGAGAUGAGCUCGAAAGAAGACCAUACACUGGCAAUCCUCAAUACACUUACAACAAUUGGUCUCCCCCAGUGCAAAGCAAUGAAACAUCAAAUGGCUAUUUCUUGGAGAGAUCACAUAGCGCUAGGAUGACACUUGCAAAAGCUUGUGAACUCUGUCCUGAGGAGGUAAAAAAAGCCACCAGUCUACAAGAGAUAGAAAUGGAAGAAAGCAAAGAACCAGAUGACCAAGAUGCCCCAGAUGAGCAUGAGUCACCUCCACCAGAGGAUGCCCCAUUAUACCCCCAUUCCCCUGGAUCUCAAUAUCAGCAGAAUAACCAUGUGCAUGGACAGCCAUAUACAGGCCCAGCAGCACAUCACAUGAAUAACCCUCAGAGAACUGGCCAACGAGCACAAGAAAAUUAUGAAGGCAGUGAAGAAGUGUCCCCACCUCAGACUAAGGAUCAGUGAAAUGCACAUAUUAACUGGUUCCAUCAAGACUGUGCACCCAGGCCUUACAGUCCAAUUUUUUCUGUAUCUGGCUAAUAUUUAAAACUAGAAAAACUAUUCCUAAUCAACAUGGAGAGGAGAGUUUAUUCACUGUCUUAUCUGCAGAAAUAUGCUGUCAAUAUAUAACCAGCCUGCAGUGGAAGUGUAUAGUGUUUUGUAAUAAAUGGCCUGAUGCUAAUGUGUAAAUGGCAAAGGUGUAUAUAGUAUAUUAAUGUUUGACUGUUAAUUCUUAAGCAAGAAACUUUUUUUUCCUUGAUGAGACUCACAGAUCUACAAAAACUACAUUAAUUUUCUUGUUAUACCCACUGCACUCUGCAGCCAGUGUUGCCUACCUUGUGGCAGUUGGAUCACCUCCUUUACAAAAACAAAAAGUAAACCAACAGCAACAAAACAACCCAUUCAUGUCACACCAAUAGUUUCGUGUUCGUUCUUUACCACUGGAGUCAAUUUUAUGAGCAAUGUAAGGCUGGUUACCUUUUAAUUAUUUGGUUGAUGUGGAAAAUUGGUGAUGUACUAUGUUUCUAGAUCUUUUUCAUUGCCUUUUUAUUCUGAUGUUAGGUUAAUCACUUUGAAGCUAUAGAUAUGCUGUAACAUUUAGCAUGGCUUCACACAAGUUAGUGUAGCCAAUGAGGAAAUAUUACCAUAAUGACUGCAGUUGUCCUGACAUGGAGGCUGCAUUGCUCGGAGCUUUCCUUCUUAAACCCUAGACUAUAAAAUACAGGCUGAGGGGAUAACUGUGGCAAGCAGGCAGUUCUCAAUUGCACACAUGUUCCUUCUCGUUUGACAGUGCAGAUCUCUGGGUAAAAUAAAGAACACUUAAAUUUACGAUUUAGUGGUAGGAAUUUUGAAAGAUUUUAAAACAUGCAAAAAUUUGCUAUGCCAGGAUGCUGACUGGAGCCUAGUAGAAGACUGUAUUUGGUGUGCUUGUUUUGUUCUUUGGUAGAGCUUACUAAGUAACUCUUAAACCGUCCUUCUGCUGGACCCCGGUGAUGCAGAAGUCAGAACCCCACAGUCUUUGGAGUACCUCUGCACCAAGAUGUCUGACUGAUUCUCUGCUCAGUCAUAAUUUUACUUGAAAGCAAGAAUUAUCCUAGCUCCUUUUCCAUUCCAAAAAUUUUAAACAUUCAAAGCAGGGUUUAAUUUAAAAAUAAAAAAAUUACUGGUAGUUAAUAUAAUUGAGGUAUCACAAUUUUAGAAUAAACAAUUUGAAUGAAGAUAAAGGAAUUCAUCAGUUAAUACUGUAUUUCAAAGACAAUUGGUGACUUGAAUGUGUGUAAUUUUUGGAAACUGUCUAAAACCAAAUACCCCUGCAAACAGAUACAGCCCACUCUAUUUAAAUAUUUUGCUGUUUUAUUUUAUAGAAAUUAUUUUGCUGAAUUCGCAAAUAGAAUUUGAUUUAAGAAGAACUUUUGUCCUGUGGUGUGUUUGGAGUUUUGGUACCUUCUUUUUAUCCCUCUUUUUUUAAGACUGCAUAUUUUGUGCACAGAAAGAUUGGCUCCUUACUAAAGACUUGGAGAACAGGCUGUUGAUGCUGUAAAAGUUCCCCUAACAAUCAAUCUUGUACUUUUUGUAUUUUUUUUAUAUACGUGUGUAUUUAAUGAGCACAAGCUUGGUUGUAUUUUUUACAUUUCAGUUGAUAGGAAAAUGUUGGCAGGCUGUAGUUGGCACUGGUCAAAGCAGAAGCAAAAUUGAGCAUUCAUGUUAUUUUGUGAUUUAAAAGGGGCAGUAUUUAAGAUAAAGCUUUGGGUAUAUUAUUUGCAGUAUUCCACAGUCCUGCUUCUAGGCUUCCUGUAAUUUUAGCAACUUUUGACACUAGACAGAUUCUGUUUACAUCAGAUUUUGCUUUUUUUUGUUUUUGGUUUUGGUUUUUGUAUUGCUGGGGAUUCAGGGCCUCAAGCACUCCAGGCAAGUGCACUACCACUGAACUGCACCUCCAGCCUGAAUUGAAGUUUGAGCAAAGGUUGUACAGUGUUUGCCUUUCCAACUGGAAGAUUUCAAAGUUCCUCACGUAGUGAAAUAGGUUAGCUUUGUUUGGAUGAGUAACUGGUACUAGUUACAUUAUCUUACCAUCUGACAGACAAGUUGAUAUUUUCUGCUCCUUAACAAUGAAAUUAUGAAAUACAUAAAACUUAGUGACUUCCUAGAUAAGAGAAAACUUGACAUUUUUCAAAGGCUGUGAAUUUUUUGUCAUGGGGGGAUUCCUCCCUUCCCAUUAGUUGCUUUGAGUGUAUAUAAGCCCACCAGUUCCUAAUGAGGGCUUCUGAGUCAUGUUUCCCUCCAUUUGAGGUCUGUGUUGUGACCAUGAGUGAGGGAAAAUGAACAGAGUUAUUUUUGUUUGUUUGUGCAAAUUAUUUUCUAUAUUUAACUCUUCAAGCAUUAAUGUAUAACAGGAAAUUUUAAGAUGCAUGUUAUUGUAAGAGCAACAUAGUGGUGAUUUUGAGGUCUUUCUCUAAAACAAGUGGCACGUUUUAAAUUUCAAGUCUUAAAGUGCCUAAAAAUUAUUUGAUUCUCUCAACUAAUUCUUUUGAGCCAUAUGUUUCCUCCUUUAAAUGUUUGUUGCAGAAUCACUAGUCUUCCUUUGAAAAACUCCCACGUUUCUAAAUGGCAUGAUUACUCUAUUGAAGACAGUAGAAUCUGUUAACAUAAAGGUUGAAGAGAUUUUAGUUGUGAAACUAUAUGAACUGGGACUUUGCCCAGUCGGAUCUAAGUAUUUCCAUGUACAACUUGGUAAACACCAUAUUGCUGCUGUUUCUAAGCCCUCCACCAAACAAAUUCUCAUGUUCAGCGUCACAGAGGCAGAAAUAUAAACAUAAUCAUAUUUGGGCUUUGUUUCUUUUCAUUGAUUUUUCUCAGUGAUAAUCUCCCAGCUUUUUUGUCUCAGCUAUAAUUAUACAGACCUAGAAUUAUUCAAAUGUUUUCUAUUUUCAUGUUUAUCUUUUAUUAGUGAACAUUAACAACAUAAGUCUUUAAUCCUCAUUGGUUAAAAUGAUGAGGAGCCUUUUUUAUUUGAAUUACUUUUAUAAAGGAAAGUAACAGUCUGAAUAUUCAGGUGACUACUUUGGAAUAGUUCUUCGGGUUUUUAUUAGUAUUUUUUCCAGGUUAUGUUCUCCCAUGGACUAUUUUAUUUUGUUGAUUUUUUCUGGUUAAUUUGGUGGCUAUAUCCUGCCUUAUUUAGAAUUUUAGAAAAAUUGCCUUUUGGGGGAUAAGUGCCCAGUUUUGAUUUCUAGUUUGAAGGUACGAGGACAUACAGACUGCUGAUAAAGGAAAACAGCACCCUUUGCCCCAGCUUUUGUGUUACCAACAAAACCAUUCUCAGUACUGGUUUUAUCAUAGGGCCCAACAAGAACUGGUCCUGCACCUACCUGAGUGUUGCAUAUUGAAAAUAAGGUUUCGGGUGUGAUAAGUCACUACAAAAGUGCUGAAUGUAUUAAGAACUUGCUGCCGAUUGUAUUUCUAACUUAUUUUGUGUUUGCAGAAGUAUGUAGCACUUGUCCUCCAAACUUCCAGGUGUAAGGGGGAAGGUGAACCACAUUUUAAAGUCACUUAAUGAGUGCAAUUUUUUUUCUUUUGGAAUUGGGGUUCCCAAAAGGAAAUUUCACCACCCAAAUCUCACAUACUUCUUAGCCUUUUACAAGCCAACAGACUGACAUAAAAGAUUGUCCGCAGUUCGUAAGAUCUAGCACAUAUACAAAAUAAAACUUUAUAAAUUAAAA